GCAAUUCCGUUUCCGCUCCCGGCCGACUCGCUCGCCUCUUGGCGGCGUGCGGCGGGCGGCGGGCGCCGGGCAAGCUCAAAGAACGAAUCAUUUCAUAAACUGAUUCAGUUCAGUUCGUUCACUAAAAAGAUUCGUUCUUCUGAACGAAUCAACACUACCCUCUCCCUUGUAACCCAAGCCCCCCGCCCAGCCCACUGGCGGCCAGCCAGCCCCCUCUGGCCACGUUUCAAGCUCGCUUCGCGUACAGCCGGAUGGACACAAGGUGGAGGUUGGCGAGCCGCCGCUGCUUGAGGGUGGAGCAGACGCGAGCAGUGUGGAGAAUCGCGAGUUCGCGGCGACAGGGAAGUGCGAGGCAGUAGUACCGGCUUCUUCUCUACGCAGUGCCAUACACGACAACCAUAAAGCACGGGAAGCGUCCAGCUCCACAAAGGAAAAACAUCAAUAUCAAUCACAAGAUACCAAUCCACGACGAAUCAUGCCCCGUUACAGAGUGAACCUCAGCACUAUGGUUUUCCUGUUGAUCGUGCAGGGAGCAGCAAUGGUUCUCUUCUGUGCCUGGUACAUCCAGCUAAACCCUUGUGACUCCACCCCCUCCAAUGAGAAAGUCCAUGUUCUGCUGCUGUCAUCAUGGCGAUCAGGAUCAUCAUUUGUUGGUCAGGUUUUCAGUCAACACCCAUCUGUCUUCUACCUCAUGGAGCCUGCCUGGCAUGUUUGGACCAAACUGAAGAACUCCGGUGCACAGGCGCUCCGAAUGGCUGUCAGGGAUCUAAUGCGCAGUGUGUUCCAUUGUGAUUUCUCAGUGACAGAGGCCUACCUGCCAGAGCACCACAACAUGUCCUCUUUGUUCAUGUGGAGUCACAGUCGAGCGUUGUGCUCACCGCCAGCCUGUUCUCUCACACCACGUGGCCAUUUCAGCAAUCAAACUAAAUGCUUGAAAAUGUGUGAUGCAAUGGAACAACAGGGUGUGCAGGAAGCCUGCAGUUCUUACAGUCAUGUCCUGUUAAAAUCAGUGCGAAUUUUUGAACUGGAAUCCCUCUACCCUCUCUUUGAGGAUCCAAGCCUUGACCUCCGUAUCAUUCAUCUGGUUCGGGAUCCACGGGCCGUGGUGCACUCAAGAGACCAGUCUGCCAAAGCUUUUGUUAGUGAUAAUGCCGUUGUGUUGGAGCAGAGAAACAUAGCAUCAGCUGAGGUGCAAUACCGAGUCAUGCACGAGAUCUGCAGUAGCCAUGUGCGCAUUAGUGAAAGGGCCCUACAGAAGCCCCCACCAUUUCUAAAAGGCCGAUAUAAAAUGGUCCGUUAUGAGGAUGUGGCCCGAAAUCCACUACAAGAAAUAAAUGCCAUGUAUGAAUUUGUAGGUCUGAACAUGACACAUCAGCUAGAGGAAUGGAUUUAUCAGCUGACUCAUGGAAAAGGCAAAGGUUCCAGGAAAGAGGCCUUUAAAAUCACUUCAAGAAAUGCUGCAGAUGUUUCCCAGGCUUGGCGGACCAUGCUGCCACACAAUAAGGUCAAGCGCAUCCAGGAAGUGUGUAAGGGGGCAAUGUCACUGCUUGGGUACAUGACAGUUAACAAUGAUAAAGAACAGAAAACACUUGAUAUCGAUUUACUGGUACCACAGGAACCGUACCGGUUCAGCUGGUUACCACCCAGAACAGAGCGCCCCGGAAAAGGUUAAAACAAUGGAUGGUAGAAGAGACUAUUCUGGACUGUAGUCGUUGUUCUAUGCAGUCUUAAUAAGCUGUGUAAAUAUACUGUAAGUGAGGCAACACUGCUAUGACAUCUAAGGGCAAAACAAUACAUUGGGACAACUGUGACUUUGGCCACAGGUUGUCAGUGGUGAGUGGAUUAAAUCAUGCUUUUUCUUUGAUAUGUUUCAAAAGAAAUAGAUUAGCUGGAUUUACUACUGUACUUUUCUUCCUGAAGAAAUAUUUCCAAAAGAUAAUUUCAUAAUCUCUAGAUCUGCACAAAAGCUGUCAUGAUUUUAUUUUUUAUUUAUGUGAAACCAAGGGGUUUUAUUGGUUGGCACAAAUAUUUUAUUUAAUUUCAAAAGGAGAAUUUGUGUUGCAGCGUAACCCCUGAGCUAGGGUUGCUUUUGCUUGUCGACGUCUAUCGGAGAACUACAGUGAGCUGACUUUUUAGGGUUGUUCUGUAAUCAUGCCAGGACUUGAACAGCAGACAUCAAUCAGAUUGAUCAAUAGGGAUGACCCACAGAAAUGGAGAAAGAACAUGUGAAAAAUGUAGGCAAGAACUGAUAUUUACCUAUGAUUCUAAUUUAUAUUUGUGUAAUUGUCACUGAGUGUCAUCUGUUCACAGUUGGACAAUGAUCUUGCAAAUCUUCAGGUCAACUUUAAUUGAAUGUCCCUAUUGUUCUACUUUGAUUAUGUUUUGGUACCAGAAAUGUUCAGCAAAUUAUUUACAGCUUGCGCUAAGUCAAUUAGUUGUGAAAGCAUUCGCGCAUAAUUGCAUUAUUUUAUUGAUCGACCAACUGUUCAUAUACAUCCGGGGUUACCUAUUUAAAAAUGCAUGUAUUUACAGUAUACACAAAUGGAUUGAUUGUCGGUCUUUGAUUUAUUAUUAAUUUCAACCAGUGGACUAUGCUUGACAGUAAUCAAAGUCGUACAUUGUUAUAUUAUAUGACAAUGAGCACAUGGCAAACUCAAGGCCCGCGGGCCACAUCCAGCCCCGAAGGUAUUUCAGUCAGGGAAAAUGUCUCAACCUCCGCGUUGACGAAUGUAUUUCGAUCUGGAAAAAAUAAACAACAACCACACGGUUGAUGAAAACAAAAAUGUUUAUUAUUUUAAAACUGUGGCGAGUUAAAAUGCUGAGGGGCUAGUAAUUCUGGGAAACCAGUAACCACAGUGGCUGGUAACCCAAAAAGUUAAUGUCAAGCCCUGGCGAGAUUUUUUUAAGUUUUACCCCUCCCUCAUUCUAUAACCACAUUUAUACUUAUUAAAAGUACACUUAUUUAAACAAAUUGUGAAUGUAUUUGUACACAAAAAACAAACAAGUUUGACCUUUUUGUGAGUGUGCUCACUGUUUUACUAUUCUCGCGGCGUUCAAUAAAUGGCUGAAAAGUG